AUGACCAAGACGAGCGCCCCCCAGACGGUCACGGUCGGCGUGCUCGCCCUGCAGGGCGCCUUCAGCGAGCACGUCCAGCUGCUGCGCCAGGCCGUUGGCGAGCUCAAGGCCAAGCGCGUCGACGAUGACUCACAGUGGACGCUGCUGGAGGUGCGCACGCCCGACGAGCUCGCCCGCUGCAAUGCCCUGAUUCUGCCGGGCGGCGAGAGCACCACCAUGUCGCUGGUGGCGCAGCGGUCGGGGCUGCUGGAGCCGCUGAGGGAGUUUGUCAAAGUCCAACGCAAUCCCACCUGGGGCACUUGUGCCGGCCUGAUCCUGCUCGCCGAAUCCGCCAACCGCACCAAGAAAGGUGGACAGGAGCUCAUUGGCGGCCUGGACGUGCGCGUCUCCCGCAACCACUUUGGCCGCCAAACCGAGUCCUUCCAAGCGAACCUCGACCUGCCGUUCCUCGCACACACGCAGGGCGUCGCAGCGCCUACCUCCGAACGUCCCUUCCCCAGCGUGUUCAUCCGCGCGCCAGUCGUCGAGAAACUUUUGCCCCACGUCGAAGGCAUUCAGGAAGAGGAGGCUCAGGACGUGGACGGCACGAUUGUCGCGCCAAGUAAGGUUCCACAGGGCGAUGUUGCCCGGCAAGAGUUUGAGGCAAGCGUCGAAGUUAUGGCGAGGUUGCCGGGGAGGGCGAAGGCUUUAAGUGAUGGCACGACCACAGCCAAGGACGAGGGAGAGGAGGGUGACAUCAUUGCCGUGAGGCAGGGGAAUGUUUUCGGGACCAGUUUCCACCCAGAGUUGACGGGCGACGCAAGGAUCCAUGUGUGGUGGUUGGAGCAGGUUCUCGAGGCACUGCGGAGGCAACACGCUGCCAGCGCCUGA